CCAGACCGACCUUCCAGCAGCAUCCCCCCAACCACCACCAUGACUGGAAAAGUGUUUACUCCCCUUCUGCUCCUUGCACUUUGUGCCCUCGCCGCCGCUGCGACCGUGAAAACCACCCCCGAGAGGACCACUCCUCCACAGCAAGAAAACACCUCCGCAGCAGAUGCACCUCCAGCAAAGCGAUUCGACGCAUUCACCACUGGUUUCGGACACAGCAAACGCAACAUGAAUGAAAUUGACAGACCUGCCUUUGGACUCAACAAGAAGAACUUUGAUGAGAUCGACCGCGCCGGCAUGGGUUUCGCCAAGCGUAACUUUGACGAAAUUGACCGUGCUGGAAUGGGCUUCGCCAAGCGCAACUUCGAUGAGAUCGACCGAGCUGGAAUGGGCUUCGCCAAGCGUAACUUUGACGAAAUCGACCGCGCCGGCAUGGGCUUCGCUAAGCGUAACUUUGACGAAAUCGACCGCGCCGGCAUGGGCUUCGCUAAGCGUAACUUUGAUGAGAUCGACCGAGCUGGUAUGGGCUUCGCUAAGCGCAACUUUGAUGAGAUCGACCGCGCCGGUAUGGGCUUCGCCAAGCGCAAUUUCGACGAAAUCGACAGAGCUGGCUUCGGGUUCCUCAAGAGAGCCUUCAUGCCCAGGGGUAACCUCUUCAAGCGUAACUUCGAUGAAAUUGACCGAGCCGGGUUUGGUUUCAACCGACGUAGCUCGAACUAAACCAUACAUCCUCAUUGAAAAUCAUCCGUGUAUGGCCAGUAUGAACUUUUGAGAGUUUUUUAUUGAUUCGCUUCUCACUCUCUCCAGUGAGACAAGAGUUGCACUUCAUCAUAUUUCGUGGGUAGUCAACAGGCAAUAUAACAUUACAUAAAAUUGAUAAAGAAAUCUCGUUUGUCCCCCUUCCUCUCACUGUGAGAGAGGUUCUUGCAACGACAUCUUUGAUAUCCUCAAGAGAGGAAAAGCGACCUCUGAGAUCCUUCUCCAGCUGACGUUGCUCUUGGAUGGCUGGGAAUGUCAAAGAAGGAAUAAAGAGUAUUUUUCUUAAAUAGCCUUUUCUUUCCAUCUGCUUCAUAUGUCUGCAUUUGUUAGAAUUAUUCUUCUGUUGCACUGCAAUGAGAAGCAAUCAUGUAUGUAUGAGAAUUCUUAGACACCAGAAGAGUUGGAUGUUGCAUAAAAGGAGAAGAAAAUACACAUACAUAUAUCACUAAAUAGCUUUAUCUUUCUUAGAUAUAAAGCAGUUGAUUCUCAUGGCGGAAAUGGAACUUGCAUAUGUCUAAGAAUUCUUAAGCUGGGGAUCUUGGAGGUUUUGAGAAAUUAGUGUCUAAAUCGUUCUUUAGAUCUAUGCCCUAACGAUGUAUAAGCAGCUUCGCUUUGCAAUUGUCUUAAGAAUCAAAACAAUAAAGUUAUCGAAGUUGA